AUGUUUUCCCUUGAUCCAGUCUUCUUGAAUAAUGCACAUAUUCUAUUUCAUAAUGCAUUAUUUACACUUUCUUCGAACAAACCUGCCAUUUUCGUGAUUAGCGCUGCGGUCCUUUUCCUCUGGCGACUAUUGAAGGACAUUCUCUUCAGUGUCAAGGCCCCAUAUGUCGGUUAUGAAUCGUCUUGGGAGCCGACAUGGCUUAUCAGCCGUCGUUUUUCACGCGAGGCGCCGGGACUGAUUGAAUAUGGAUAUCAACGUUAUCGAGACUCGAUAUACAAGCUUUCAAGAAGAGACUCGGACAUUUUGGUGAUCCCACAUAAGUUCGUGGACGAAUUGAGAAGCCUUCCCGAAGAACAUAUCUGUGCCAUGGAGGCUCACAUUCAAACACUUCUAGGCCCCAUUACAGGAACAGACAUCCUGCUUGACGGUGACCUUCACACCAAGGUACUGCAAACAAAGCUGACUCCAAACCUUGGUCAUCUCAUCGGGCCAUUGAAAGAGGAGCUCGAGUUUGCUAUGUCCAUGGAGCUCCCUGAUUGCAAAGAUGAAUGGGUCGAGAUUCAAAUGCAUGGAAUCAUCCGACGGUUUGUGGCGAGGCUCUCAGCCCGUGCUUUCACUGGGCCAAUCGCUUGUAGAAAUGAGGAGUGGGUAGCAGCCAAUACUGCUUAUCCAACAAACAUCUUCACGACCAUUGGACCCUUGCGCAUGUUUCCGUCCUUCAUGCGUUCGUCCGUCGCUCCAUUCCUAUCCUCAUACUGGCGUAUUCGCUCCAAUAUCGCGACGGCGAAGCGCGUGAUUGUCCCGAUUAUCAACCAACGCCGCCGAGACGAAGCAUCCGGCGACCCUAAUUAUGAAAAGCCCAAAGAUCUUUUGCAAUGGAUGCUGGACACUGCUAAACCUAAGGAUGCUGCGCCUGCUUCGCUUGCCCAUCGCCUACUGGCUUUGAGCUUAGGUUCAUUAAACACGACGACUACGGCGGCUGUGCAGACUCUUUAUGACAUCUGUAAUCACCCGGAAUACUUUGAGCCGCUGAGAGAAGAGCUUCUCGAUUCUCUGACGGCUAACGGUGGAUGGGAUAAAGCAACACUUAGCAAGCUUCACGGUUUUGACAGCUUUAUGAAGGAGUCUCAACGAGUCAAUCCGCCAAGUUAUUUGUCCUUCAACCGCGUUGUCCGCAAGCCUCUCACCCUCUCCGACGGGACUAGGUUUCCGAAAGGAACACACUUCGGCAUGCCUGCAUAUUCAAUCCUUCAGGAUCCCUCCAUCGUCGAGAACCCUACUAAAUUCGACGGUUUCCGGUACAAAAAGAUCCGCCAGCAGCCCAAAGAGGCAAACAAGCAUCAGUACGCCUCCACAGAUUCCAACAACAUUCAUUUUGGCCACGGGAAGUAUGCGUGUCCAGGGCGGUUUUAUGCAUCUCACGUAGUGAAGCUUAUCGUUGGCCAUUUGAUUUUGGAGUAUGAUUUUAAGUUCCCCGAGGGCAAGUGCCGGCCACAGAACCUCAAUAUCGAUGAGAAUGUGUAUCCGGACCCUUCGGCGACUUUACUCAUUCGACGACGCCAGAUGGCCUAA